UGCGCCGAGUUUUAUUCCUUCUUGCCGCUCCACCACCCGCUCUCCGGCAUCGCCUCCCUUCCUUUUUAACCCCCUCCUCCCCCCCAGCUAUAAGUCUCCCUCCCUCCCCUCGCCUCUCCCACCUCAAUCCUAGACGCCACCACACCCAUCCAUACACACACGCCGCAGGCGCGCGCCUCCCGCACAAAGGAAAAGAACGAGGCCAUGGCGCCGAGAACGUCGGAGAAAACGAUGGCACCGGCGGCGGCGGCGCCGGGGCUCGCGCUCGGCGUCGGCCCGCACUUCCGCGGCGUCAGGAAGCGCCCGUGGGGCCGGUACGCGGCGGAGAUCCGCGACCCGGCCAAGAAGAGCCGCGUGUGGCUCGGCACGUACGACACGGCCGAGGAGGCCGCGCGGGCCUACGACGCCGCCGCGCGCGAGUACCGCGGCGCCAAGGCCAAGACCAACUUCCCCUACUCUUCGUCGUCGCCCAUGCCCCCGGCAGCCACCGCCGGCACCGGCGGCAGCCGGAGCGGCGACAGCAGCACCGUGGAGUCCUUCGGCGGCGACGUGCAGGCGCCCAUGCAGGCCAUGCCGCUGCCGCCGUCGCUCGAGCUGGACCUGUUCCACAGCGCGGCGGCCGCGGGCGCCGGCGCCGGCGCCGGCGUGCGCUUCCCGUUCGGCAGCUACCCCGUGACGCACCCCUACUAUUUCUUCGGCCAGGCCGCCGCGGGGUGCCACAUGCAGCUGAAGCUGCCGCCGCCGACGGUGACCGUGGCGGCCGUGGCGCCGUGCGACUCCGACUCCUCGUCGGUGGUGGACCUGUCGCCGCCGCCGCUCGCCGGCGCCGUGUCGGCGAAGAAGGCCUCCGCGUUCGAUCUCGACCUGAACUGCCCGCCGCCGGCGGAGGCGGAGGCGUAGUCGCCGGAGUUCAGCUGAUGACUGGCACUAGUUUCUUCCUUUCUUUGCCUUUUUCCCCCCGUAGUAGAAGAAACUUCGCUGUAUGUUUACGCUUAGGCCCUCUCGCUUACCAGAGGGGGAGGACAUUUUUGUAAAUAGUUUUUCCGCCGGGGACCUAAGCUCUAGCUGAUGAUUAAAAAGCUGUAUUGUCACCCAAGGCAGGUCCUGCCGGCGUUGUCAUGGGCCGGAUUAUAUUAAUUAAUUAAGUGUUUUUUAUA